CAAUCGACAAAUAUACAUUCAAAAUCCCGUGAACGAAACAUACAUAUGAAUCUGUCACCUGAAACAUAACUAGAUCUUUAAUUCUUCCAAAAGCAUAGAGGUAAUUGUCGUAAUAGAGAAAGCAAAAAGACAUUGCCUCCAGCUCACAGACACUAGCCAGUGUCGAGACACAACUUCUUCUGCUUUGCUCUGUACACACUCCACAAAAGUCUUCACCUCUCUUUCUCCGCUUCCUACCAAACAUCAAAUAACAAUGUGGUACCCUCUCUACCUUAUUCGUCUUCCUCCACUCACUAAGCCAUAUCUAGAAGACUAGAACCAACACUUAAGACUGAAAAACUCCGUCAAUGGCUCUCUUCUUCUUCCUCUUCCUCUUGACUCUCUCUUCUGCUUCCUCUUUGAACGACCUAAACUCUUUGACUUACAUCGUCCACGUCGACCACGAAGCUAAACCCUCAAUCUUCCCCACUCACCGUCACUGGUACACCUCCUCACUCGCCUCACUCACUUCCACUCCUUCAAUCAUCCACACAUACGACACCGUUUUCCACGGCUUCUCCGCAAGACUCACCGCUCAAGACGCUACUCAACUCUUAAACCAUCCUCACGUCAUAUCCGUUAUCCCCGAGCAAGUCCGUCACGUGCACACCACUCGCUCCCCUGAGUUCCUCGGCCUCAGGUCCACCGACAAAGCGGGUCUCCUCGAAGAGUCCGACUUCGGGUCGGAUCUCGUCAUCGGAGUUAUCGACACGGGCAUCUGGCCCGAGAGGCCCAGCUUCGACGACCGUGGCCUCGGCCCCGUUCCCGCCAAAUGGAAAGGCCAAUGCGAACCCUCGCAAGACUUCCCGGCGACGGCGUGUAACCGGAAACUCGUCGGAGCGAGAUUCUUCUGCGGCGGGUACGAAGCGACCAACGGGAAAUUGAACGAAACGACGGAGUUUUGCUCUCCGCGCGACUCCGACGGGCACGGGACCCACACCGCUUCGAUCUCCGCCGGGCGUUACGUUUUUCCGGCGUCCAUUCUCGGCUACGCCCGCGGCGUCGCUUCCGGCAUGGCUCCGAAAGCUAGGAUCGCCGCGUACAAAGUCUGCUGGAACUCCGGCUGCUACGACUCCGACAUCUUAGCCGCGUUCGACACGGCGGUCGCCGACGGCGUCGAUGUCAUCUCUCUCUCCGUCGGAGGCGUGGUGGUUCCGUACCACCUCGACGCCAUCGCGAUCGGAGCCUUCGGAGCGAUCGACAGAGGGGUAUUCGUCUCUGCCUCCGCCGGAAACGGCGGUCCCGGCGCUUUGACGGUGACUAACGUCGCGCCGUGGAUGACGACGGUCGGCGCCGGAACCAUCGACCGCGACUUCCCGGCCAAUGUGAAGCUCGGAAACGGGAAAACGGUUCCGGGCGUUAGCGUUUACGGUGGACCGGAUCUUGAACCGGGUCGGAUGUACCCGCUUGUGUACGGGGGAAGUUUGCUCGGAGGUGACGGUUACUCUUCGUCUCUGUGUAUAGAAGGCUCGUUGGAUCCGAGUUUGGUUAAAGGCAAGAUCGUUCUCUGCGACAGAGGUAUCAACUCGAGAGCUACCAAAGGAGAGAUCGUGAGGAGAAACGGAGGCUCGGGGAUGAUUAUAGCGAACGGUGUCUUCGACGGCGAGGGACUAGUGGCUGACUGCCACGUGUUACCUGCGACUUCGGUUGGUGCUUCGCGAGGUGAUGAGAUUAGGAGGUACAUAUCUGAGUCGAAACAACCAACGGCUACGAUUGCUUUCAAAGGGACCCGGCUUGGGAUCCGACCAGCACCGGUAGUCGCGUCAUUCUCUGCUCGUGGGCCUAAUCCCGAGUCGCCGGAGAUUCUUAAACCGGAUGUUAUCGCCCCCGGUUUAAACAUUUUGGCUGCUUGGCCUGACCGGAUUGGUCCAUCCGGUGUUCCUUCCGAUAACCGGAGAACGGAGUUCAAUAUUUUAUCGGGCACUUCGAUGGCGUGUCCCCACGUGUCGGGUCUAGCCGCUCUUCUCAAGGCGGCUCAUCCCGAUUGGAGCCCCGCGGCGAUAAGGUCAGCAUUGAUGACUACGGCUUACACUGUGGAUAACCGAGAUGAGCCAAUACUGGAUGAGUCAACCGGGAAUACAUCUUCGGUUAUGGAUUACGGGUCGGGUCAUGUUCACCCGACCAAAGCUAUGGAUCCAGGAUUAGUCUACGAUAUUACAUCUUACGAUUACAUCAACUUCUUGUGUAACUCGAACUACACAGGAGCCAAUAUUGUGACAAUUACUCGACGCAAAGCUGACUGCGACGGUGCUAGACGCGCGGGACAUGUUGGUAAUUUGAACUAUCCGUCGUUUUCAGUCGUGUUUCAGCAGUAUGGAGAGAGUAAAAUGUCGACACAUUUCAUUAGGACAGUGACUAAUGUAGGCGAUUUUGACUCGGUUUAUGAGGUUAAGAUUAGGCCGCCGAGAGGGACGAACGUGACGGUUGCGCCGGAGAAGCUAUCGUUCAGACGGGUUGGGCAGAAACUGAGUUUUGUGGUUAGAGUUAAGACGACGGAGGUGACACUGUCACCAGGAGCGACAAGUGUUGAGUCUGGUUAUAUAGUUUGGUCGGAUGGGAAACGAAAUGUUACAAGUCCUUUGGUGGUUACUCUUCAACAACCUCUCUGAAGGGUUUUUAGGCUUUGGAGACCUGAAGAAUUCUGGUCUCUUUGUUUUUUUAUAAAUUGUGAAAGUAAGAAAUCAUGAGUUGGUCUUGCUGUCUAAUGUGUAAGAUCUUUGUCGGACGUUCAUGUAAUAUAUAGUAGUGUGUUCACUUGAUGGUGUGGGCUUUUAAUGAGGCUUGUAGAGCUUAAGGCUCUGAGCCCAAAUCUUUCUUGUUCAAGGUGAAUUAUAUUAUGAUUUCAUUAUUCAUUUCA